GUGGGUUUGUCUGCGGUGGCUUGAAAUCGCGCGGCAUCAAACUCACACGUCGAGCUGUUUCCUGGUGUUUUUAUGCAAGAUUUUGGCCUCUGUGACUGCUACUAUGUAUCACAAAUAAGGUAUUUCAAAUGAAGGCAGUGUUGAACUAUUCCAAUCAUGUCAAGUAGAAAUGAAUCUGUGAUACAUUCCCUGGCUUACACUGGAUGUUUCAAGACGUUCAGUACCACUUCAUGUGUAAGGGACACCAGUUUAACAAUACUGGCCAUCAUCACCUGCAUUGUCUGUGUUGUGAGGCUUCAUAAGCUCCACUCUCAUCGCCAUUCCUUGCCAAAUCAGUAUAUUGUAUUUUACAGUGGGAUUGUGGAAUGCUUUCUUUGUGGCUUUAACUGGUUUUACCUGGCUGUUACUGCUGUAUACUUUCUAACACAGUUCAUCAAAGUUGCUUGUCAGCUUCUUGUAGUCACAAAUUUUCAUUGCCAUCUAGCAGCUAGGAUGAUGAGAGUUGAGGAUAGAUUUAAAAGGUACUCUAACAAGCUGGUGGCAGCUGUAUUUAUUACCCUGGCUGUCUUUGCUAUUGUUGGACUGGCAACAAUGAAAAAUGAAUACAGAGAGUGUACAGAACCUGAAUGGCUGCUCUUGUCAAGUGCAGAAAUUUUAGUUGCCCAAGUUUUCCUGAUGUCAGGAAUUUUCAUCACAAGGGAGCUCAAUAAUGUUCGUAUGUUAGAGGAUAACAGGACUGCCCAAAAAAGAGAUUUAUGGGGGAUAAUCUUCAUUUUUGAAUUAUCAGCAUUGGUCAGCCUUGUUCAUGACCUGGUCAUGAGAAUCACUGGACCAAAGAAUAACUGUCAAGGAGUAUUGCUGUCAAGCAAAGCAGGCUACACAGCAGUGUACAUCACUGUUAAUAUUAUCAGGUGGCUCCUACCAAUAUGGGCAAUGGCAGCAAUAUUUGACACAGAAAAUAACCAGUGCAGCCAGGAUGACUAUAUUGCACCAGUUUUUGCAGUGAAUGAUGACUCUGGGAACUUCACCUCUGAAUUCCGUCCUAGAGGAAGUAGUUUUCAUUACAAACAUUUACAUGAUGGUGUUGAUGUUGCAAGCCGACCCUUAAUUCCAAGUCUUGGCCCUAGCUCCAAGUCUUUGUCAAGUAUGAGUUCAUCUUAUGGAUCAACAGCAUGGAAUCAGAAACCUUGGGGUCAAGGCUCAUCAGAUAGGUAUCCUCCCAUAUCGUAACAAUUAUGUGAGGGAGCACAGUGUUCUGUAGUGGUGCAGACUCCUGGAUUCCAACAUUUGCAGGCAGUUUUUAGAUCAGUCAAAAUUAGAUCCAGUUGUUAUGAUAAGAUAUAAUUGAUGAUGAUAUGGCAACAACAUCAUAACACAUCAUGAUGUUGUGUAGUUGAGUAUUAACAAUGCAUAACAUUAUCAGAUAUGGGAUGCCAUUUACAUAUCAGCAAAUUUUAUUUGCUUAUGGAAACAAUUUUACCUUCUAAUUAUAUGUAAGGCGUAUGCAUUUCAUCAGUGCUUUAUGUGUUGUUUUGCCCUGUAUGUUAAUAUGGAAAUUUCUGUUGUGUGAAGGUUAGGUGGGUUUUACAUGAACAUUGCAAAAAAAAUUUCAUGCAAAACAAGUUCAAGUGUUAAAAAUGAAUGAGGUUAAUUUUCAACAUCAAUGAGGUCAUUCUCAAGUUCUAUUGGAAAAAAAUAUUGUUUUUAUAAUUGUUUGUAGUUAUAUAAUUAUUAACACAUUUUUAAUACUUGCUACAUUUUCAUCUGUUUGUGAACCAUUGUUAUUAUAUGCUCUAAUUUUUUUGGUAUAUUUCACUAGAACUUGAAAAUAACCUCAGAAAGGUGGAAACAUUGUUCAUUUUUAUUGCUGUUUUUUUCUUUUUGUUACAAAAUCUAUAUAUAAGAAACUUAUUAAAAAAAAUUUACUUGUUUUACGAGCCAAUUUGCACAAGAAUUAAGUGGAUGACUUGAGAUUAUUUUUCAAUAACAAUAGGCAUUCAUCUGCUGUUAUCAUAUAAGAGUGACUAAACAUGUUGAAGUUUUAAUAUACAGGGUUUACUAAUUUUUGCUGUGAGUACCUUCUCUUAAAUAUAAAUUUUAUAAAUUGAAAUGUACUUUUAUAAGCAAAAUAAUGUAAUUUUAGUGGUUGCUGUGACUGCUUAUGUGCAUCAUAAUUUUAAAAUGUAUAUUUUAAAUAUAUAAGUCACCUGUUGCAUGAAUUAUCAGAGUUCAUGUUGAUAAGGGAAAAUUGAAAAAACAAAACAAAACAAUAUUUAAUUAUUUGGUCAUGCAACAGGGGAAAUUUGUUUAUUCCUAUGAGUGACAUGAUUUAAUUUAUGUAAUCCUUACUUUGUAAGAGGUUGAUAUUUAAAGAAGUUGAUGCAACUGUCAGAUGUUAAAUAGAAGUGCCAGGUAGCUAACAUGCUUUGAUGUCUUAAGACUUCAAUAUCACUCAAGGCUGGGAUUAUUUCCCCACAUAAGUAGUAAAUAAUCUUGAUGUUAAUGGUAAAUAUUAUACUUGUGCCACUGAGCAUCAAAUCAAGUUCUGUUUAUUCAUCAUAAGAGGUCUCAGAACAUUGGAGAGCAGAUGUUUUUCUUUUUGAAUUGGAGGUUACAGUAGAUGAAAAGGAAUUAGAACUAGCUGCAGUAAUAAUCAUAACUUUUACAAUGCAGUGAACUUCUUGGGAAGAAGUGCUGUUGGCCAGUAUCUCACAGUUGUUGUUCAAGCACAGUGCUCCAGAUCUAAUUUAAUUGAUAGGCAAAGUUUUAUAGGCCUGGUCAAUAAAGCACUCAUGUUAGGCAUCAGUACAUUAUAGCUAUCCUGUUUCAAAAUAUUUAUUUCAUUAGUGCUAAACCUCUUGGCUCUUUUAUUUACAACACAUUUAGUUUAGAGGUAUACUUUGAGCCCCUCCCUCUUUCCAUAGGAAGUUAAAUAGAAUGAGCAUUGGUUAAGUUUUAAUAAAGGGCAGAUGGGUUGUAAAUAUUAUUUCAGGUAUUUAUUAGUUCAUGUGGUGCUAGCGCUCAUCACAAGUAGUAUUUAUAAAUGUGCUGUUGUGAAUGAAAUAAAAGUAUAAUGGUGGGGUGAAAAAGAAUGUUAAAGUUCUCUUGUACAGUUGUAUGAAUAGAUGAAAUGGUUCUUGCAUUUUAAGCUUGUCAUCAAAUGAA